AUGUGGCGAACAUUGCUCAUUACUAAAAUAAUAGCUGCUGUCUAUUCUCGUUCUCUUUCAAUCACUUCAUCAAUAAUUGGUGCUGCUGUUGAUUCAGCUUCAGCAUGUUUACUUUAUAGAGUUGUUCGUGUAAUAAAACGUUGUCGUACUCAUCUCGAAGCAUUUAUCAUUGUAAUUCUAUCAGUUGUUAUGGUUUCAGCACCAGUUCAAAUUAUUUAUGAAUCAGUUCAAUCAUUAAUAAGUUAUGCAGAUCAUUUUACAAAGAAUGCAACAGAUUUACGUCGCAUUGAUAUGGAACCAGCACCUAUCACUGUCAUGUGUGUUACAAUCACGGUUCUGUCAUUUCUUUGUUAUCAAAUAGCAAAUCCAUCAAUGUAUGCUGUUGCACAAAAUCAUCGAAAUGAUGUUUUUUCAAAUAUAGUUGUACUUGCAUCUUCCAAAGCUCUUGAUGGCUUAAUUAAAGUACAAGAAAUUGUUGUCAUUGAUCCAGUCGGUACUAUUCUUAUAUCACUUCAUAUAAUAUUUUGUUGGCUAGGAGAACUCCGUGAAGAAGUACGAAAUUUAAGUGCUUAUAAAGUUAAACCUGAAUUUUGA